AACAAAAAGGUUGAAAAGGCAAUUAUAAAGUGUUGAUACACAACUCGUAAGUGAUCAGCGAAAUUACAGAAGGUUCAUUCGACAUAGUAAUUAAUUAGUAUAACUUUUCACUUCCAGUUUAUGUUCUACUUACACGCCAGUUACAACUUGUAGCAGUUUAAUGGCCUUGGCCCUGAAAAUCGACAACUGGCAUUGCAACUGUUUGUUUAGAUUUGACAGGAAUGCAACAUUGCAAGUGAAACUUUUACUAAAACAGUAAAAAAAGUGAAGAAAGAAAGAAUGCCAUAAGACUGACACCCAACAAAGGAAAUGGAGCAAAUUGGAGCUUGUGAGGUUGUGCUGAUUUUAUGCAUAUUUAUUUUCCAGUCCCAUGUUGUGAUAUCUUCAGAUUUUAGCCAGUCUAAAUUGCUGACAACAUUGGUAAAUAGAAACACACCUAUAUUAGAAACUGACUAUAUAUAUGAUGAUGAAGUCUGUCCACACGGGUGCAAGUGCCAUCAUUACGAAAAUCAGAUACAAGUUGGUUGUACAGUUAAAAAUCUGACAACUCUAGUAUCCUAUCCAAACUAUAUUACUGCCUUAAAUAUAUCGGGAAUUCAACUUCGAUCAUUGAACAGUUCUCUUCUACAUGAUUUUCCGGGCCUAAAAAAACUUGAUGUGGCACAUAAUGAACUGAAAUUCUUUAACUGGGGGUCUUUUAAAUUUCUAUUGUUGCUUCAGGUUCUAGAUCUUAGUCAUAAUUUACUACAUGGGUCUUUAUCAAGUGAUAGUUUUUAUGGAUUUGAAAAGCUGCAGAUACUUGAUUUAUCAUAUAAUCAACUUACUAAGAUUUCAUUUUUAUUCUUUAGCAAGUUUAAAUCCCUUGAAAUGCUGUAUUUAAAUAAUAAUAAACUAGUAAAGAUUGAACUGGACAGCUUUUCCAAGCUAAACUCUUUAAGAGUACUAGACUUGUCAGAAAAUAAUUUAAGCCAUUUACAGCAUGAUUGGUUCAAAGAUCUGAAAAACCUAGAAGUUCUGAAGUUAAAUUACAAUCAUAUACACAAUUUGAGCAAUGUAGUCUUUUCAUCACUAAAUAAUUUAAACACCUUAGACCUCGGUAACAACAAAAUUAUAUAUGUAGGAAUGUUGAGCUUUAAAGGACUGAAAGAAUUGAAAUGGCUGAAUCUUAGUAAGAAUGAAAUUAGCUUUUUACAUGAAAAUACUUUGAAACCAUUAGAGAAUUUGGAAGUGCUAGAUAUUAGUUUCAAUUUCUUUAUAUCUUUAGAUAAUUUGUUUAGGUCUUCAAACUCUUUGAAAAAAUUGUACUUGUCUAAUUGCUUAAGACUGUCAAAAAUUACCAAGCCAAUGUUGACCGGUUUAUCGAACUUGGAAGAGCUGCACAUUGCCAACUCAUCACUUUCUGCAGUAGCAAAAGAUGCAUUCAUUCCCUUGGUUAAUAUCAGAGUUUUAAAUUUAAUGGGAAGCAACUUAACCACACUACAUCAGGGAGUACUUGAUUUUUUAUCAACAUUGGAAAUAUUAGACUUAGCUGGUAAUCCAUGGCACUGUGAUUGCUACUUGUAUUGGUUGUUGCAAUGGCUUGGAGAUCAUACCAACACUCAUCUGUUGAAUCCAUUUAAGACUGUGUGUUCCUCUCCAAAGUCACAAGUUCAUCACACAUUUCUGGAUGCUCUUGACAAACACAUGGUGUGUACAAAUACUACUGUGCAAGAUCACUAUUACAGAGUAAAGUACAGAGUUGGAUCUUCAGCUGUACUUAGUUGUCAAGCAGUUGGUAAUCCAACCCCAAACCUCACUUGGAUAACUCCACAGAAUAAAGUCUUCCACUGGAGUGCACAGCAUGAAAAUACUGAUUUUGUCAUCAAAAAUCAGUUCUCAUCUGGUGGUUACCCUCAUGUAUAUAGUAGUACAGAAGACAUUCUAAGUUAUACAAAAGGUGACUAUUUUUCGUUACUCAGAAAUGGCAGUCUUUAUAUAAAUAAGAUUCAGAGAAUGGGUGGUGGUAAUUUCAGGUGCAUUGCAUCAAAUCCUUUAAAUAAAGAGGUUGUUAAUAUUUACAUAACUCUGGACUAUACAUUUUUGGUAAAUAUAAAAAUAAUUAGUAUUUUAGUGGGCUUUGCAACUGGUUUUGGGUUUCUCUUGUUAACUCUAAUAGUUAUUUUAGUCCAUGUAAUAUUGAAGAAAUCUGGGGUAGAAUGUCUCUUUCCAUGUGGAGUUACUCAUUCCACAAAAGCACAGCAAAUCAAGCGUAUGUUAGAGAACAUGGAAGGCUACAGACGUCAGCAGCUGGAUCGUCUGCGAGACCACUACUAUUUUCAAGUCCAGAAAAUCAAAGACAAUUGUAUUCAACAAAUGGAGAAACUUAGAGAAAGCUAUUCACUGCAAACAGACAGACUGAAAGAUAUUUGCGACUAUGGUACCCAGCAAGUAGACCGAUUUCGAGAUAACUAUUAUCAACAAGUCCACAGAGUGCGAGAUUACAGUUCUGGCCAGAUAGACCGAUUAAGAGAGAAUUAUGUAUAUCAACGAAAUCGUAUCCGUAAAUUCAGUGCUCACCAACUUUACAAGUUACGAGAAAAUUACAAGCUUCAGCAGCAGCACUUGAACAAAAUUUUAGAAAAUUUAAACUUGGAAAGUUGUCGAAAUGUCUGUACCCGCACAGAUUCCAUCAUGUUUGAACCUGAGAUCAUGGUAGAAACUGUUUUUACACCAGCAGUUGGUAAUGUUGUUCCAGUUCAGUUAACACAUUGCUAUCACAGAGAUCAUGGGGACAACUCUAGUCAAAUGUCAGCUUACUUUACUGCUGAUGAAACAAGGUCUCAAAAUUCUAUUCAGAAUGACUUCAGGUAUUGUGCAACUGUGGUUAAACCAAAUCAUUCUGAACUCUGUGUAAGUGCCUCAAAUACACUUUGCAGCAAAACUCCUACUGAAAUCCCUACUACAGAUACUGUCAAUAAAAAUGCAGCAAAAAUGCCAAAUGAGUGUCUGGUAACACUCACCAAUGAAGCAAAUAACUUCCCACUGUUGGCAGUCUGUAAGGCUGAAAGAGGUGGUAGAGAACAUAUAACAGGCCUUUCUGUGAUUCCUGCCCAAUGCCUGCAGAGGUCUUUGAGUCUCCCAGAAACAAAGUUAUAAGAAAUAAUUUAAAUCCAACUGACUACUUGCAUGUUUUACUGUGUUGGUUUAAGUUCUUUAUAUUAAAUCACAAAAUAAAAAAAAAACAUUUUCAGCAGAACAGUUUCAUAACAUUCCUGAUUGAAUGUUUGUAUAGUAAAAAAAAGACAGAAAAAUGCAAUUUUGGUUUUAUCUUGUAAACUGUGCCUGAAGAAAGUAUUUUUGGCAAGUGUUUGUUAUUGUGUAUUUGAAACAAAACUUGAUCAGUAAUGUAACAAUAGCAUUAAUGAUUCCUUUCUGUUUUGAACUUCAAAUAAUAAUUAACAAGUUUACCAGAGCAGUAAUGUAAAAUGAGUGUGCUUGUUUUAUAGUACAUGGAAAAUUAUGGUUAAGUUUGCUACUCAGUAUAAAAAGGUAAAGCUAAAUGUAAAUUUGAUUAUAAUGUUUAUGAAUGUUAUUUUCAUGGACUAAAACCUUUCAAGAUUCUACAAAUCUGACACAUUAAUUGGGCAUGUAAUAAUUUUGUAUCGUAUUCCUAAUAUGUUUAGUUUAAAUGAAGUAAGUAGCCAGAGGUUCAAGGGAUGUUUUAGUAUAUUUUUUUAUUAGUUAAUUCACAUACAUUUCACAAGAAGUCUGUCAAAGAGUCAUUUAAAAUAUGUAAUCAAAUAAUGCUGACUUAAUUUGUUCAGAUAUGAGCAAACAAAAUAUUAUUGCUAGGUAACAUUAAAAGCUUGUUGGAAAGUGUUUACUUACAAUAAUAUGGUUUUAAAUCAAGUGAAGUGGAACAGUAGUUAAAACUUGCACUAAAUGAAAAGAGUAAAAUAAUAAGUAAAAAGUAGUAGGUCAGAAAUAAACAAGAUUAGUAUUUUCAAGUCUUCAUAAUUCACCUUAGUUGAUUUUCUUACAUUGUUGUACCACAAACAUUUUAAAUUAAGAAGUGGUAGUGUGAAACUUGUGUUUAUAAAUAUUUGUUAGUAAAUGUGUAUACACUAAAUGUCUAUAUAUGUAUAAUGGAAAACUGAUGCAUAUGUUGUAACAUGUACUUUGUCAUUUCUCAAAGCUUCACGAUAAAUGAGCAAUUAUAUUUCUUUCAGAGUGUAUGCAGACACUGUUCAGUAGUUCUAAGAUCUCGUGACUGAAAGCAAAGAACUUGUUACAAUAUUUUAACCACAUCACAUCUGUUAUAUCCAGUACUAGCGAGUUCUUAUCAUUAACAGUAGUUUUUCAUGAACAUUUGCUUUUUUAUAAUAGCUUGUACAGAUAAUAGCCAGUUCAAGAGCUAUUAGGAAUGACUUUUUCUAAGAAUAAUAAUAAAAUAGGCAGAAAGAGUUCCAUAAAAAAUAUUGUAAAAGUACAUAUUUACCAGUUUUUUAUUGUUGUUUUUUUUUACACAUAUUUAGUUCAGAUUAAUUUAUAAGGUGUUUAUGUAUUUACAACUUAGGCUGCAGUGUUGUGAAAUGCAAGUUGUAUUAUUUAAUAGUGUUAUUAUUUGAAAUUGUGAGGUAAAACUUGCAAUUUUUUUGUUUGUUUGUUUUUAAAAUUGUUCAUACAUGUAGGUUUAGUGGCUCAAACAAAAGCGGGACUUUAUUUUCUACUUAGUUAUAUCCAGAUAUAUUAAAAAAAAUCAACAAAUGUUCAAAAACGAUAAGUGAAACACAUUAAUUUAACAUGUGAUUAUUUCUAGAAUCCAGUAUGCACACACGUCAGUGUACAUUUUGUACCUAAAGAAUUAUAGGUACUCUAAAUAUGAGUCACAUAAAAGAAAAAAAUAGAAAAAGUUCAUGAUCACAGCAAAAUUGUGCUUUUACAGAAGUUUUUCCUAUGUUUAAAAAGUAAAAUGUUAUUUAAAAUUGUAGUAUGUAAGUAUAAAACAUGUUUCUUGUUUACUGGUAUGAUAUCCAGGUUUGCUGUUCUGUUGAAUACACAACACUAUCUAUCAUGACAGGAACCAGUUAUGCUGAUUAUAGGAACAGAAAAACAAUGCAAUGCUAUUGUAGUGAUGAUGAUUGUAUUCCAAAGUGGUGAGGUUAUAAGUGUACACAAAAAGUCAGCCACUUCUUUUGCAAUUGUGAUAAUUAGAAAAUGUUUAAGUACUUUACAAACCAUGCAUGGUACAAGCAUUUAAUUGUAAAAUGUUCUGAUGAUAAAAUAUUUUCUGUAUAAAUACAUUAUAAUGGAACAACUGGCUACUUGUGAUGUAAAGUUUUCUACAACUACAGUGUAUGAGGCACUUGGAAAACAUGUUGAUUGAUAAGUUACUUUUAAUUGAAAAAUAGUAAACAUUUUCAUUAAAGAUAUAAUACCAGUAUGUCUUCUGUUUUAGUAGAGACAUCUCUGUGUUCAGGUACUUGUGAUGAAGGUUAUGUGAAGUGUAAAUAUUAAUUAUAUAUAAAUGUGUCACUUAUUUAUUCCUACUACACAUUCGGCUAUAUCCACGUUUAUGAUGUUUCUUUCUGAAUGAAUAGUUCAGUUUGUCUCACUUUCUUGUUAGACUGUUGCUCAUGUUUAUUUGUUGGCAAUAUAGACAGGAAAAAAAAACAAAUCAGCUUUGGUUAGCUAAGAAAAUGAAAAGCGAGAUUAUUCUCAUAAUUUUUUUGAAUAAUCUCUAUGAUACAAUGAUUUUCUUGCUAGAAGUUGUGUUCUUAAUCUCUUAAAUAAUGCUUGGUCUAUGAAUGAAAGUGUAGUAAAAAAUUUUGAAAAUUGAUUAGAAGCACUAGAAAAUGUCCAAGAAAAGUAUGAACGAACUUAUCUUGAAAUUAAUGUAAUUUAAAAAAAAAAAACCUUUAAAGGUAUUUGUGUUAUCUGUAGAUUUUGAAGUGUGUCAAAGAAUAAACACUUGUGGUAAAAAUUAUAUCGAAUAAUCUUGACGUACAGGGUGUCCAUAAGUUAUUGAAUAUUUAUUAUUUGAAUAUAAUAACUAUACAAGAUAAAUAUUUAAAGUAUAAUGCAGUUUGAACACCUCAGAUUUGGCCAGUUGUGCCAUUAGUACAUCUUGGCAUGGGCACUAUUUAUAGCUUGCAAGAUGUCCAGACAGUAAUUGAUCUUUAACCGUGUAUGUGCCAUCAUCUCUGGAGUGAUCAGAGCAAUUGUCCUGUACCUUUAUCUUAUAGACAUUGUCUUUAACUUACCCUCAUCUAAACCAGUGGUAAAACUCAUCAGACAUCAGUUUCCCAUAUAUUGCAACUGUUUGUCUGGCAUGGUUCCUAUUCUAUUCAAAUAAGAAAAUACUUCUGUAAUUUAUAUACACCUUGAAUAAUUUGAAGGUGAAAAAUUUCUUAAUUAAAGAAAAUAAAACAAGAACUUUGAAUGGGAAAUGGAAGAUAUUUACAGAUAUAACAUGUAAAUAUUUAAUGUUAACUUAAAAACACUUUUUUUUUUUUAAAUACGAAGUUUUGUUAUGAUAACUAUAACAUAGUAGAUUUUCUAGCAUUAAUGUUUCAAACAAUCUUUAACCCUUGGGAAAAUUACAAAUGCAUAGAAAAAAAUGAAAAUAUUUAGUUAGUUCUGUGCAAAUUUAUUGUAUAUUUAACAUUAUAUGAGGGAGGGCAGCACAUACAAAAUACAACACCCAAAGAUAUCAAAGCCAAGACAGUUUUUGUCAUAUUUUCUUUAUAUGAAUAUUCUUGUUUUAAAAAAUAUUUAACUGACUAAAAACACAUUGUUAUGUUGUUCUCUCAUUGGCAGGUUCUAUUAUCUAGUGGAAAUAUAUAAUAUCCAGUUCACACAAAAUAAUUUAGUUUUAUUUCAUCCUUAAUGUUUUUUUACAUGCUUGUACACUUUGUAAGUUAUUGUAAGCCUACAAUCAUAACUAUGCUACCUGUGCUACACUAUCCUUAAAAAUCAACCUGCAUGUACAAAUCAACUCAAUAUAUGUGAUAACUAACACAGAUCCGAAAAUGUAAAACCACUGAUUUAUUCACUCUACCAGUUAAAAAAAUAACUAUCUUCUUUAUGCUUUGCUGUUACACUGUAAGCUUACAUAGCCAGUUAACUGGCUCAUCUGUAUUUGUAAUCUAAUCCUUGUUCUAGAUAUUUCACAAAUUCCCUCAUUCAGUAAUAUUCCCAAACAUUCUAGAACUAACCCAAUCUUAAUGUGAUGUGCCCUCUAGUUAAUGUCUAAAUUAUAACAUUACAAAUUUAGCACAAUAUGCUUUGUUGAUGCAUUGGAAAAAUUAAUUAUACUUAAAACUUCUUGCAAUUCAGUCUUAAAUUCCACUUAAGAAUUGUAUAAGCCAGGAGAUACCAAAGCAUUUAUUUGGACAUGCCUUAAUUCAGUACCUUGAGUUCUUUGUUGGUUUGUUUUGUGUAUCUUAUACUGACAUGAAUAAAUGUACUGAAAAAGAUGUCGUAAACAACUUUGAGUACAUACAGAUAUUAAUAUAACCUAUUUGAAAUGUCUUGAAUUGACUUAUUUGGAGUAGAAGUUAAAUAACAGAUGAUUGACAAGAAAUACAACAUCUGCUUAUAAUAAUAUCAUUAUAAUUGGAUAAAAGUAUUUUUUGAAUUAUAUAAUAUGAGUGCUGUGAAACAUGCAAGAAAGAUAUGAAAAUAGAAAAUAAAUUUAUUACUAGAUA